AUGGCUUCAGAAGGAGCAUGGCCAGUGCUGGGAACGGAUGUGACCAUGAACCCCGGUGCCUCCUUGUCUACUUUCACGGCAGUGCCCUUCCCUCCACCCACUCCUGGCGCCCAGCACCGGCCACCCUGGCAGCAGCACCUGCCACGUCCCCUCACCCCAGCAUUCCCUCCUGGCAGCAGCCUGCUGCUGCCAGCUUUCCCCAGGACGCCUUUGGUGGCUAAUGGUGGCCGUGGCCCCAGUGCCCCUGGGGCUUGCAACCUCACUGUCCAAGUCAGGUCACAAGGGAGGCCAGUGGAUGCCCCCCAGACUCAGACCUUUGUCGUUACUCAGGCCCCCCUCAACUGGAGCAUUCCAGGGGCCCUCAGCAGGAGUGCUGCAUGUCCUGCACCCGAAUUCAUAGCAACCCCUGUGAUGGGGACCUUUGUGACUGCUCCAGCUGUUGGAGUUAGUCAGGCUGGCAAGGGAGGCUGGACCCCAGGCUUUCCUCCUCAAGUGCCACCACCAGCUGCCCAGCUGGCCCCUAUCAUUCGCCCAGUGAACUCUGGGCCAUGGCCACAUGGCACUUCCAGGGAGGGCCGCCUGGCCACCAACCAGUCCAACGCCUCGCAGGAUGGCUCCUCUAACACCCAGAGCGUGUACAGUAACUUCCGACGUUGGCAACACCUCAAGCCCCUGGCCCGGAGACACUUUCACCGGAGUCCUGAUGCAGAAGCUUUUUCCUGCUUUCUCAUCCCAGUGCUUCGAUCCCUGGCCCGCCUGAAGCCCAGCAUGACGCAGGAGGAGGGACUGCGGAGGGCCGUGCAGGAAUGGCGGCGCAUAAGCAACCUUGACCGGAUGAUCUACUACAAGAUGGCGGAAAAGUUCAUGGAAUUUGCGGCCGAGGAGGAGACGCACAUUCAGCAUUUGCAGUGGAUGCAGUGCGCGCAGGACCUGCCUCCUCCAGCCCCACCGAAGCUGGAUCCUCGGGGGCCCCCAGCCCCGAAACAGCGGACCCCGGAGCCCAAGGCGCCCAAGGAGAUUCCCCCUGAGGCUGUGAGGGAGUAUGUGGACAUCAUGGAGGCGCUGGUGGGGCCCGUCCACUCAGCCACUGGCGAAUCAGAUGCAGAAUGUGGAAAGGACGGAAAUGAGCUGAAGCAGGAAGAGGACAGCACCUACUUGGACCCGGGUCUCUUGAGCUACAUUGACAAGCUGUGUUCCCAGGAAGACUUUGUCACCAUGGUGGAGGCAGUCAUUCAUCCUCGAUUCCUGGAAGAAUUGCUUUCCCCAGACCCACAGCUGGAUCUCUUGGCCCUUGCUGAGGAGCUGGAGCAGGAGGAAGGACUCACCCCUGAAGAACUGGUGCAGAAACGACUCCUGGCCUUGAAAGAGGACGAGGGUGGGCCGGCAGCCCCGAGCCACAGUGCACCCGGAAUGGGCUCAAGUCCAUCUGAGUCCCACGCCGGCCAAGGUGCCCAGAGGCACGACCAAGACCGCCAUCGAGGGGUCAGUGAUGAAGCCUGGCCACCAGAGAUUGAUUGUGAGGCUCUUCAUAGGCCCAUCCGAGCAGACACUGGCCCGUUCGGGCCCAAAGUCUUUGUUCCCUCUCGAGGACGUCAGGAGGUCUCUCCAUUCCGGGCCGGACGGCCCUCCCCUCCCCAGGGUCAAAGGCGCACUGGCCCUCUACUGGGACCCAGGGAUGCGUCUGUUCUCAGAGAGGUGUCUCCUGUUCGGGAGGCCCGAGGGCCCAGGGACGCGUCCAGUGAGGACGAGGAGGAGCUCCCCAGCCUGGCCUUCCUCUUUGCCUCCCCGCAGAGCCUGCUGCCUUGCUGGCUGUCCCAGAGUCCUGCCCCUGCCUCAGGCCUGGCCUCCCCUGGAGGUUGGGGUGCCCAGAGAGCUCCCCAGGCCCCCUCCCCUCAGAGAAGAGGCCCCAGCCCAGCUCCACCAGCCGCUCCCAAGUCGAGGAAGCGGGCUCUGUGUGGGCGCCCAGCCGCUGCUGAGAAGCUGCCCAUCCCCGGGGCUGGCCACGGCGUCUCUGCGAGGCCAGCCUUGGCUCUGGGCCUGGCUCGCCCCUCACAGCCGAGAAAGAGAAAGCGUGACCCGUUUGUCACAGGGAAGAGGAGGAAGAAGAAGAGGAAGCACUGCAGCCAGCAGGGAACAGCCGGGCCGGCCCUCCAGGGCGAGCCCCCCAGGGCGGCCCCCAGGGGAGCCUAG